GAUCAUAUUAUCCGCUUACAAAUAUAGCCUCUUAGCGCACAGGCACGGUAGUCCUUCCGCUGGGGGUGUUGCUCUGAGAGUGUAAACAGCGUCGAAAGCGGAUUACAGGGUGGCAGCCACGGCCGGGGACUCUCAGCACCCACCCGCACAGGGAAGGUAACUUUAUGCUGCUCCCCAAAUGGGACACAAAGUGGUCGUGUUUGACAUUUCUGUCGUCAGAGCCUUGUGGGAAACUCGUGUCAAGAAGCACAGAGCAUGGCAGAAGAAGGAGGCUGAGAGGCUGGAGAAGAGCGCACUGGAGAAGUACAUUUUGGAUAAAGGAAGAGUGGGACUUUGUGGCCGAGUGCAGGAGGAAGGGCGUACCCCAGGCGCAAUACUGCAAGAAUGGCUUCGUAGAUACCAGCGCAAGGCUUCUGGAAAAGAUAGAGAGGAACUCCGUCGCCAGGCAAAGUGCAUGGGUCAAGGACAGAGACAAACGGAGCAAUCCAUUCGUGUUUGAACUUUCAGGGGCACAGUGGAAGGAGCUGCCUGAUUCGCUGAGAGAGCAGACACAUCUCAAAGAAUGGCACAUUCACAGCACCCUGAUUCAGACCAUUCCUGCAUACAUCGAGCUGUUUCAAGCGAUGAGAAUUCUGGAUUUGCCGAAAAACCAAAUCACGAGUCUUCCAGCUGAAAUUGGUCGCUUAAAGAACCUGAAAGAACUCAAUGUGAGUUUCAACCAUCUGAAGAGUAUUCCCCCGGAGCUGGGAGACUGUGAGAAUCUGGAGAAACUAGACUGCUCUGGGAACCUGGACCUGAUGGAGCUCCCCUUUGAAUUGAGUAAUUUGAAGCAAGUGACGUUUGUUGAUAUCUCAGCAAACAAGUUCUCCAGUGUCCCGAUCUGUGUCCUGCGGAUGUGCCGUCUACAGUGGUUGGAUAUCAGCAGCAAUAAUCUGAGUGACCUGCCACAAGACAUAGACAGGCUGGAAGAGCUGCAAGGCUUCCUCCUGUAUAAAAACAAGCUGACCUACCUUCCUCAAGCCAUGCUCAACCUCAAAAAGCUCACCUUGCUGGUUGUCAGUGGGGACCACCUGGUGGAGCUCCCGACUGCUCUCUGCGAUGCCUCCACACCUUUAAAAUUUGUAAGCCUUAUGGACAAUCCUAUUGAUAAGACCCAAUGUCAAGACAGCGAUGAAAUAAUAGAAAGUGAACAGGACCGUCAGCAUUUUGACAAAGAGUUUAUGAAAGCAUAUAUUGAAGAUCUUAAAGAAAGAGAAGCUGUUCCCAGUUACACUACUAAAGUGUCGUUUAGUCUUCAACUUUGACUUGACCCACCAGAAGACCACAAAAUCCUGCUGCCCUGCUCUCUACAGCUUUGUAUAUGUGUUACAUCUUAUAGGAAUUGUGGCUUGUGCUUAAGGACAAAGUCUAAAAACUACAUCACUGUUAAGAAAAUAAUUUUCAAAUUUCAAAUAUGGGAAGACUGAUGAACCUGCUUAUGUAAUAAUAAUAGACUAAUUUGCAUAUACUUGUUCUAAGUAAUGCACAUUUAAUAUUUUAGGAAAUACAUUCUUUAAAAAAUGUAGCAUAUAGAACAAGUUUUGAAAUUGGAUGCAUUAUUUUCAGGACUCAAGGGCUAGAGGGUUGUAAAUGAAAGAGAAUUUACCACCUUGAAAAUGUUUUAGUAUACUAUUUAUUUUUAAUGAGAAUAAUGCUCUUGAGUUUAAACAAGUUACUAUUUCCACAUUUUAAAUUUAUUUUGGCAAGUACGUUUAAAAUUGCAUUUUAACUCUCAGGAGAGACUGAAGGUAUAAUUUGGGUCUUGAGGGUGGAAGGAAGGGCUGGUAGUGGAGUACAAUGGGAACUAGAUGCUCAAAUGAUGUGGGCCUAGGGAGGUCUGAACGAUGUGCUGGGGAGCCAUCCUGCCCUGACUGGUUACCUGGUAGAGCUGGGACAUCACAACAAAAACCAGAGGCAAUGCCCUCAAGGCUCAUUCCUGUAGGUGGCCUGGUGAGUGAGGAGUCCACACUGAUGACCCCUAGAAGGGCUUCUAUGUGGGAACCAUAGGAGGGCUCUGCCCGCUGGAGUGCAGCUGUGGAUGAGCAGGAGCCCCUGGGAUGUGAGUUUGCAUUGGUAAAGGCAGGGCUCCCUUUUGGGCUCUGCUCUUGUAUCCCAUUACACCACUGGAAGAACUGUAUAAAGCUUCUAUUUUUA